AUGGUGAUCCUGGGCCACCUGGGCUAUCUGCGGUGGGCCAUGGAGGUGGGUGACCCUGCAGGCCUUGUUUUAAUCAUAUUCCUUAAAUACCUAGAAACUCCCAUUGUCAAAGCCAACAACCGGGACCUCUCCUUUAUCCUCCUCGUCUCCCUCCUGCUUUGUUUUUUGUCUCCCUUUCUCUUCAUUGGACAACCAAGGAAAGCCACAUGUCUUCUCCGACAAACAAUGUUCAGUAUUGUCUUCUCAGUAGCCGUGUCUUCUGUGUUGUCCAAAACAAUCACGGUAGUGCUGGCCUUCCUGGCCUCAAAACCAGGGAACAAGAUGAGGAGAUGGUUGGGGAAGAGUUUGGCCAACUCCAUCAUCCUUUCUUGUUCAGGUGUCCAAAUUUUUAUCUGUGUCAUGUGGCUGGGAGUUUCUCCACCAUUCCCUGACUCUGACCUGCACUCCCAGCCUGGAGAGAUCAUCCUUCAAUGCAACGAAGGCUCUGUCACUUUGUUUUAUAUUGUCCUUGGCUACAUGGGUUUCCUGGCUGCCAUUUGCUUCACGGUGGCUUUCCUGGCCAGAAACCUGCCUGGGGCCUUCAAUGAAGCCAGACUGAUCACCUUCAGCAUGCUUGUCUUUUGCAGUGUCUGGGUCUCCUUCCUGCCCACCUACCAGAGCAGCAAAGGAAAAUCUAUGGUGGCCGUGCAGGUUUUCUCCAUCCUGUCUUCUGGUGCUGGGCUGUUAGGUUGCAUCUUCUUCCCCAAAUGUUACAUUAUCAUCCUGAGGCCAGAUCUAAAUACUAAGGAACAUCUAAUGGUAACAGCAGGGACCUGA